GAAGGCUGAACUGGAGUUCUGGUGGCUUAGGAUUGCUAGUGAUAUUUGCUGAUAUUACCUUAGAAUCAUGAGUAUAUCGCAUACUAUACUUCUCUUGUACCCUGUGAAACUGUUUCUGUUUUGUGCAGUACUGGGCUUCCUAACUGUGCAUUGCUUUAGUGGUGAAAGGGAACCUCUCCUUCAGCUAAAUGGAGUCAACAUGAGCCUAGCCAAAGGCAGAUGGGCCCGAUCAGUAAACAACCCUCCGCAGCCGAUUGACUGUGUGCUUUCCAGCUGGUCAUCGUGGAGCACCUGUGACCCCUGUCAAAAGAAAAGAUACAGAUUUGCUCAUGUGGAACGGCCUUCUCAGUUCAAUGGAGGCCCGUGUGACUACUCUGACAAAGAAACAGAAGAUUGUGUUACAAACAGUCCUUGCAGAAAUAAAGUUAGAUGCGAAGGCUUUGUAUGUGCGAUUACAGGAAGAUGCAUUACACGGAGGUUGCUUUGCAAUGGAGAUGAUGACUGUGGGGAUCAGUCAGAUGAAAAAAACUGUAAAAAGGUGUAUAGAAAAUGCAACCAGAAGAUGGAGCAAUACUGGGGAAUAGAGAAUCUGGCAAGAGGGUUAAAUAUCCUCACGAACAAUCUGGAAGGUUUGGUUCUUGAUCACAGGUACUAUGCUGGAGGGUGUACUCCACAUUAUAUUAUGGAUACCAGGUUUAGAAAACCAUACAAUGUAGAAAGCUACUCCCCAGAGACCAAAGGCAAAUAUGAAUUUACAUUGACUGAAUACGAAUCUUAUUCAAGUUUUGAAGAACAUAUCCUUAGGGCAAAAGCUUCGCAGACUAGCUUUGGAUUUGGAAUAAACAUACCAGGAGUGUUUGAACUUGGUUACAGUUAUAGUGACAACAGGUUCAAGAAGUUCAUUCAAAGGAUGAAAAAGUUUUCUGCAACUUCCAGCAAAUUUAUUCAUGCCCGUUCUGAGUUGGAUGUUGCCCGUUAUAAAUUGAAGUCUCGGACUCUGAUGCUCCAUUAUGAGUUCCUGCAGAGACUCCAUCAGCUGCCUUUAGAGUACAGCUAUGGUGAAUACAGAGAACUUUACAGAGAUUAUGGGACGCAUUACAUUUCUGAAGCUACUCUUGGCGGCAUCUACGAAUAUACUUUAGUUGUGAACAGCGAAGAACUCCAAAAGGCAGGUUACUCUUUAAGUGACAUCCAGUCCUGUGCACAGCAUGGCUUUAACGUUGGUGGAGAUAUCUUUGGAGUUUAUAUAAAUUUGGGGAUGUCGGCUGCUGGCUGUAAGGCUGUUUUAAAUGAAAUUGGAGACAGCAUCAGGCAAAAGCAAGUUGUGGAAGAUUUCAUAGUCCUCGUUCGUGGAGGAGGGAGUGAGCAUAUCACGACACUUGCCUACAGAGAUCUGCCAACUGCUCAGCUAAUGCAGGAGUGGGGAGAUGCAGUACAGUACAAUCCUGAAAUCAUAAAGCUAAAGGCAGAACCCCUGUCUGAACUGGUGACUGCAACGGACUUUGCAAAUGCAAAUACACUAAGGGAAAAUAUGAAGCGUGCCCUUGUGGAGUUUCAGCUGGAGACUAGUUCCUGUCAUUGUGCUCCAUGCCAUGGCAAUGGAAUUGCCUUUUUGAAAGAAACGCGCUGUGAAUGUAUCUGUCCUAUAGGAUAUCGUGGUACUGCCUGUGAGAUCACAGAAAGAAAAGAUGUUACUAUAGAUGGAAACUGGGGUUGCUGGUCCAGCUGGUCUGCAUGUUCUGGAGGACAACGGAUGAGAAGAAGACAGUGCAAUAACCCUGCCCCACAAAAUGGUGGCAAGCCAUGCACUGGGCCAGAUGUUGAAACUAUUAGGUGUUAAGGAAAAUUACUAAAAAUAUAUAAACUAAAAUGACUACCACCUUGCAAAGUUAGUGGGAAGAUAAUUAUAAUUGACUUGAUCAAGCCUCUUUAUUCCUCUUUAAGGGCCUGAUCCAAUGCACACUGAAGUCAACAGAAAGAUCUAACAGGCAUUGGAACAGGAUUCGAAUUUUUAAUAUGAGUCAUUCUGAUUUGACAUGUUGGACAAUUGUCCUGCAGGAUUAAGUGUCCUUGUUUGUUUUAAUAUUGUGGCUUUGCUAAAGGCCUUUAUUUCAGUGGGCUAAUCAAACAAAACUAUUUCUUGCAUUAUGUGAUACCUGUUGAUUUUUCUUGAGUUUUAAUCUAAUGUGUUCUCAGAUUCCCCUGAGAUAGGGAAAAUGGCAUUUUAUCUUGCAUACACCGGAAAGCAGAUGUGACUCCUCAGAAGACAGCUGUGUCGUGUUGAGCAAAAUGCAGAAAAUUAAAAACUAAAUCCGCAUCAGAGCAAUAGCAUCUAAUGUGAAAUUUGAGUCAGAUGUUUAUCCUAUUAGAAAUUGUUUUGAAAAGAGAAUUGAAUUGAGUAGUACUCUCAAAUACUGAAAUACACCAAAGCAUCAAAUACACUCUCAAAUACUCAAAUACACGCUAACCUGUGCAAUAAUUUGUACUCUUAUUCAUGUGUAGCCCCAUGUCCUGUUCACUGGCCCAGCAUGAAGUUCUUCAAGCUAGGAGAAAUCUGCCUUGUUACUUUUUACACAGCUUUGGGAAACUGCACCUCAGGCUCCCCUGUGUGCUCUGCAUUGUGUGUCAGUGUGUAUUCACCUCAGACAAACCACCAGGAACAAGAGCAUGACUUUAUUCUGUAAAGAAACGCAGAACAGGAUUACAGUCUAGCAGCUGCCUCUCUGUUUGCCUGCCUCAUGCUCCCAGCUUCAGUCAGUGCUGAAACUUCCUGCUGGGAGGGCAGAGGGUACAUCCUGGCAGAAACCAACAAAGUCUCCCAACAUGCCGCAGUCUGUAGCCCACAACUUGUAGUUCCCAUGGCUACUGCUGAAGCACACAAGACCUUGGGCUACACAUGGGAUAAGCUUUCCAUAGAACAAAUACAUUUAGAAGGAGACUGGAGCAUAAUAUCCAAAAGGCAAUUAAAGAAAUUAAAAUCAUGAAUUUUGAAGUAUGCAAAACCAUACCCCAGAAUGAAUACUGUAUCCCAUGGAUGUUGUGGCCAAACGGGAAGUAGUGUCUGGAAGUUGAUGUCUCAGAAUGAGGUCAUAAUGCAAGCCAAUCAGCAUUCUACUUUACAUACUCCAGAAAUAUCACUGUCUUUGCCUUUAGCAAAGCCACAAUAUUAAAACAAACAAGGACACUUAAUCCUGCAGGACAGUUGUCCAACAUGUCAAAUCAGAAUGACUCAUAUUAAAAAUUCGAAUCCUGUUCCAAUGCCUGUUAGAUCUUUCUGGGAACAGCUCUAGCAGUGAUGGCAAAACUAGCCUUCAUUGUCACAGAGGUGGGUCAAUUGCUCCACUAUUUGGUCCCCCUGAACUCCUCGGUGUUUCAACACACCCAUUGCUAAUCCAGCCAGUUCAAAUAUUUGAAAUACAAAGAGGCCAGCAAACAAACCAUAACAAAAAGAAACUAACUGUCUUCAUGUAUUUCUGAUGUGCGUAUCAUGGUUGCUCCAGGUUCUUAAGACUCAGAUUCUGUGUGAAAUGGGACAGAAACACUCAGUUCUUGUAUCUUCAUUAUUGGAUGAUGAUCUUUGCAAAGACAUUAGUCUGUAGUUGACCAUGCUGUGUAAUAACUAUAGUCAUGUCAGUGUUCCAGCAAAACUAUGAAUAUGGCAACAUAUGCAAAUAUUUAUCUGGUUGCCUAUUUGUCGUAAGUUUGUAACAUUUGCAAGGGCAAAUAUUCUUUUGUAUGGUUUUCCAGUCCUUGCCACUUACUGUCUUUUCUGACUGACAUUCUCUUUAUGCAAUUCUGCUAAAAAGAACUCAUGCUCACUGACAUUUUAAACAAUGGAACAUACAUUUGAUUUUAAUCCUCAUGCUGCCUACACAGUUAUGGAAUAGGUCUUUGUGUCGGCAUUAAGAAAGGAAAAACAUGUUGCAGAUAUAAAAGCAGAAAACACUCUUCUCAUAAUGGGCUACCUAAUUGAGCUGCCACCCAAAAACGCUUCCAUUUUAUGCUGUAACUUCCAUUUUUAUGCUGUAACGCUUUUAUGUGCUGGAAGUUUGCCAGGAGGCACAUUAGGGUCCCCAUCAAAGAGGGCACAGCCAAAGCAAAAUAUAUUUAAAGGGAUACCAGCAUGGCUGUUAGACACAGAACCCUGAUUAACCAACAUUGUUGCAUCUCACAGGUGUCCAUGCAACUAGCAUGCAAACAUGCAGUGCCGCACUUGAGUUCUCCCUGCUUCAAAACAGGCCAAGGAUGGAAAUUAACAAGGUAUUCUGCUCUACAAGAGUAUGUUCUGUUUUGUAUUUCAACAGCUUUCCUGAGCAUGAUGAUGAAGUAAUCCGGCAGAUCAGAGGCUCACAUGCACAUCCAUUAACUGCAUCUGCAGUCACAAACAAACUUUGUAACCUGACUUCGAAAGAUCCACUGAGCAGACAAAUAUUUUAUCACUGUUUCAGGUCUGGGGUGAAGGGUAAUACCGAUAUUUCAAAAUCAGCAGGAUUAUUUAAGUAUAAUUUCUGUUGGAGAUUCAGUUUGGGGCCUGUAAGCCUUGGAAUUCUCCCUUAAAAGACGGAACUUAUUUUGUCCUUGUGGUUUUUGAACUAACUUAUGAUUUAUUAUGGCCUAGGGUAAUAAAAAAUCAUGAUGCACAAGCUUUUAUUGCUUCAUUUAGCUACAUAUUAAAUAAAUGCUACAGUCUUUUUGAUGGUUCUGAUUUCUGUGGAAAUUUUUAUUAAUAUUUCACAUAUGAUAACAUGAGAGAGCUACAGUAAAAAAUCCAAUUGUAUACAGGAUGUUUGUAUGCUCCUUCUUUAUUCUACUUUUCUAGUCCUUUUUAGUGAUGCUCAUUCAGUGUUUUGGCUAAAUGGGCCUUUCACGUCUCAGACAUCCAGGGAUCCAAUCUAGAGUAAGUGGCAAUCAUCUCUUCACUUUUGACUAGCUCUUAACAGUUCUGAGAAAUGGGCUUCUCUGAGAUCACAAUAUUACUACAUGUACCAAGAUCUUAUUUCCCAAAACAAUAUCCCCAGCAAACCAUGUAGACACUUCCUGGGCUGGAGACCAAGGAUCAGAUUCUGAUAAAAGUUUCAGCACACGUCUGUGUUUACAGGCACAAUUUUGGCAUAUGCAAACACUUACGCCAGGUCUACACUGAAAAGUUAGGUUGAUCCAUCUACAUCACUCAGGGGUGUGAAAAAUUCACACCCCAAGCGACAUAGUUAAACCAAUCUAACCCCUAAGGUAGACAGCACUAUGUUGACAGAAGAAUUCUUCUGUUGACAUAGCUACCACCUCUCAGGGAGGUGGAUUCACUAUGGUGAUGGGAGAACCCCUUCUGUCGCUGUAGUGAGUGUUUACACUGAAACAUCACAGCGGUGCCGCUAUCGUUAUUUAAGUAUAGACAUAGACUCCUAGUUAACUAGCGACCAAGUGCCAUUUGGAUAAGUAAAGUAUAAAGCUAACUCCCAGUUCAUACAUGAAAUUGUCCUUUGCUCAUGGCUAAUACAGGUUUUUUUUCUUGUGCAAAAAUUCUGAAUGCAAAUGUGCCAGUUACUUUUAUAAAUAUGGUUGUCAGUGUAGAGGAUAUCUCUAAAAUUUUCUACUUUUCUCUUGAAGGCCAUCACACUGGUCUAUCUUUUUAGUUGUGUCUUCUUCUGGAUCCUAUAAAUGCUGUUUCUCAAUCUACUAAAGGGGUGUGCUAGUCAAUUAUGUGAGCCACAUUUCAUCUUUCUAGGGUAAAGCCUAUUUGAUACUCUCAGCCCCUAACAGGUUGGGGAACAAGCGAAUCAACUUGGUGUCCAAUUUACACCCUUCAUUCUACCUUUUUCUCACCAGGUAAGACUACGCACUCUUCUUUUGUAAUAAUUAGCUAUACAGAAAAACUUUACUUAUCUUCUCCCAUACUGGCGUAGCUGUGGCCUGCUCGUCUGACCACAAGAUUAGAGGCUUGGAAUCCCUGAGUUCUAAUCCCAGCUCAGUAGCCUUGGUCAGCUUCUCCUGUGUCAAAUGGAUACAAUUAUACUACUCCAACUUCCUGUGGGAUAUCUAGUUGUAAAUAAGCAUAACUUUGAUUUUCUUAAUCUAAGUACAAAUAAGAUUGAAAUCCUAACCAAUUUCUGUCUAGCAGCCAGUAUUCUCAAAUAUUCACAGAAAGACACAUUCGUUGACUCUGCAGAGGGCCCACAUAUUGAUGAGGGAAUAUUGGUGAGGUAAAGAAUGGCCAUCAAUGCACUGCCCUUUCAACUCUGCCCUUCAGAGCUGUAUUAAAAAUCAGUUCCUCCCCAAAGCCUCCUUUGUCCAAGCGCUUUUCAGAAUUAAUAAAGCUCCAUGACAUCUCUGUGCAGUAGAUAAGUGCUAUUUCACACAGUUUACAGAUAGAAUAACAGAGACACAAAGAGAUUAAGCGACUUGCCACAAAUCUAUGCAGAGUAGGAAAUAGGACCUAGAAUCUAGGCUCCAAAUCCUGGAUAUAGAAUUAAAAAAAUAACUAAAUAAAGCAAAGUAAGAAAGAAAAUGAGAAUGGAAAGGGGGAAGAGGUUCACAGGAAGGAGAAGGAGACAUAAUGCUACAACCACUAAAACAUUCCACCUCUUGGUAAGUGCCCAGUAGAAUUGCCAUAAUUUGACUAAGUUACACAACCACAUUUACCUCCUUUCUUUGUCUCCUGGUAUAGUUGUGUUUUAACUUUUCCUACUUUGAGAAAUCAAUGGAAAUAAAUAUUACUUCCUUAUUUAUGAUGAUGCUGCAACAUUUGUAAUAUAGGGAUCAUGACCUCAUUGUGCUAGGCACUUUCCAAACACACGAGACAGCUCUCCCCAAAGAAUCUGGAAUCUAGGGAAUUUUUUUGAUGUGUCAUUUGCUUAUGUACAUUUGUAUUGCACAGUAUACAGAAAGGAAAGGCAGUAAUUUUAGAGCAGAUAUUGCUGGGGAUUCUUGUGGCUGUGAAAACCCAGUCUCAAAGGGAAUCAGAGAAGUCAGGUAGUCAGCAUGACAUUAACCUUUAGGUAGAAAACAGUUCUUUAUCUGAAGCUCUGCCAUUAUCUGCUCUUCUGUAUGUCAGUUAUCUUGGGACUGCACCUUGCAAACUAAGGUGUACUGUCAUCAAUCAUUUGCUGUUGUCUAUUGUGUACUGGUUCCUUGCUUUUGUUAAUAAACUAGUUUGCUU